GUCGAUGCUGUCGGGAACCUGCUCGUCCUCCUCGCCUGCCGUCACAGGCCGCUCCCCAGAGCGCUGGUAGAUGAGGGGGUUGGCAUUCUCCAGGAGGCCGCCGCCGACCCCGCCGCCGCCUACCAUCGCGGAACCACCACCGCUGAUCCUAGCAGGCGUGCGCUUCCGCUCCUACCCGCGCACUUCCGGAGAACGGGAAGGGGGCGUGGCGUGGCGACGGAGUCGCGCGAGGGACACGCCGGGUUGUGGGUUCUCGGCCUGAGGUGUGAGAGAAGCGGUGACCGCGGCCCUGGCUGCUCGGACCCGGGAACAUGAUGGUCGCUGGAGCAGAAGGCGCUGAGAAGGGACCCCGGCGGCGCUGGGUCGUGCGAGCCAGUAGCGGGCUGAAACGUAGAGGCCAGAACCAGGUCUCAGGGGGCACUAAAGGCGGUCGGAGGUGAUCCCCACACCGCUUCCUCCUGGAAGUCAGGCUGGCCGGGAGCUCCCGUAUCCAGGACGGUUGGUCGCCUCUGGCCUGGCAGGGCUCCUAGUGUCUCGGGACCUCCCGGUGACGCGCCUGCCUCCCCUGUUGCACCAUAGGCCCGGGAGUACGGCUUCCCCACAGCUUGGAGCGGCAGGCGCUCGUGAAAUGUUUGUCAAGUGGAUAAAUGACCAUGGCCGUGGUCUCCGCGGGAGGUGAGGAAACUGAAAGCCACCGAGGAAAAGGGGGGCGCUCCUUAAGAAGUGCCGCGGUCACGUGUACGUUUCAAAAGAAUGGCGUGACUGAGUAGGGAGGGGACCGCGGAGACUCUCAGACCCUGGACUGUAAGGAGAUGAGGGGCCGUGAAGGGGAACGCAGGAAACUGAGUCCUGAAAGCAAGGAGGAACUUCCAGAAUGAAGGGCGCCGUCACGCCUCCCUGCCUUUGCUCAAGCGGUUCCUUCACCCCGAUCAAGUUCCUUCCCAUUUCUCCAUCUGGGGAAUCCUGAACGUGCACCUCCUCAGAGAAGCCCUCCUGGGGUCUCCAAUUCUAGUUUAUUGCCCCCUCCUAUCGAUCCCCAGCACGCUCAUCGGGCCUGUGGACAAGGACAGGUUUGAAGAGAGGAUUCCCUGGAUCGCGGAAGGGCUGCAGGAGUGGCACAGCCCCUUCCGAGGAUGCCAAAGGAGCCCGGACAAAGGGAAGUGGCCGUGCCGGGCCUGCCUGCCACUAGAUCCCCACCCACCUAUGACUGCUCAGUCCCGCUCUCCUACCACACCCACCUUUCCCGGCCCAAGCCAUGGCACCCCGCCGACUCCCUGCCCAGUCCAAACUCCAAGGCUGGGCAAGGCACUGAUCCACCGCUGGACCGACCCGGGGCAGCCUCUGGGUGAACAGCAGCGUGUCCGCCGGCAGCGAACCGAGACCAGCGAGCCGACCAUGCGGCUGCACAGACUUCGUGCGCGGCUGAGCGCGGUGGCCUGUGGGCUUCUGCUGCUUCUUGUCCGGGGCCAGGGCCAGGACUCUGCCAGUCCCAUCCGGACCACACACACGGGGCAGGUGCUGGGGAGUCUUGUCCACAUGAAGGGCGCCAAUGCCGGGGUCCAAACCUUCCUGGGAAUUCCAUUUGCCAAGCCACCUCUAGGUCCGCUGCGAUUUGCACCCCCUGAGCCCCCUGAACCUUGGAGUGGUGUGAGGGAUGGAACCACCCAUCCGGCCAUGUGUCUACAGGACCUCACCCCAGUGGAGUCAGAGUUUCUUAGCCAGUUCAACAUGACCUUCCCUUCCGUCUCCAUGUCCGAGGACUGCCUGUACCUCAGCAUCUAUACGCCGGCCCAUAGCCAUGAAGGCUCUAACCUGCCGGUGAUGGUGUGGAUCCAUGGUGGUGCGCUUGUUUUUGGCAUGGCUUCCUUGUAUGAUGGUUCCAUGCUGGCCGCCUUGGAGAACGUGGUGGUGGUCAUCAUCCAGUACCGCCUGGGUGUCCUGGGCUUCUUCAGCACUGGAGACAAGCACGCAACCGGCAACUGGGGCUACCUGGACCAAGUGGCUGCACUACGCUGGGUCCAGCAGAAUAUCGCCCACUUUGGAGGCAACCCUGACCGUGUCACCAUUUUUGGCGAGUCUGCGGGUGGCACGAGUGUGUCUUCGCUUGUUGUGUCCCCCAUAUCCCAAGGACUCUUCCACGGAGCCAUCAUGGAGAGUGGCGUGGCCCUCCUGCCCGGCCUCAUUGCCAGCUCAGCUGAUGUCAUCUCCAUGGUGGUGGCCAACCUGUCUGCCUGUGACCACGUUGACUCUGAGGCCCUGGUGGGCUGCCUGCGGGGCAAGAGUAAAGAGGAGAUUCUUGCAAUUAACAAGCCUUUCAAGAUGAUCCCCGGAGUGGUGGAUGGGGUCUUCCUGCCCAGGCACCCCCAGGAGCUGCUGGCCUCUGCCGACUUUCAACCUGUCCCCAGCAUCGUUGGUGUCAACAACGAUGAAUUCGGCUGGGUCAUCCCCAAGGUCAUGAGGAUCUAUGAUACCCAGAAGGAAAUGGACGGAGAGGCCUCCCAGGCUGCUUUGCAGAAAAUGUUAACGCUGAUGAUGUUGCCUCCUACAUUUGGUGACCUGCUGAUGGAGGAGUACAUUGGGGACAAUGGGGAUCCCCAGACCCUCCAAGCCCAGUUCCAAGAGAUGAUGGCGGACUCCAUGUUCGUGAUCCCUGCACUCCAAGUAGCACAUUUUCAGUGUUCCCGGGCCCCUGUGUACUUCUACGAGUUCCAGCAUCAGCCCAGCUGGCUCAAGAACAUCAGGCCGUCGCACGUGAAGGCAGACCAUGGUGAUGAGAUUCCCUUUGUUUUCACAAGUUUCUUCGGGGGCAACUACGUUAAAUUCACUGAGGAAGAGGAGCAGCUAAGCAGGAAGAUGAUGAAGUACUGGGCCAACUUUGCGCGAAAUGGGAACCCCAAUGGCGAGGGUCUGCCACACUGGCCGCUGUUCGACCAGGAGGAGCAAUACCUGCAGCUGAACCUACAGCCUGCGGUGGGCCGGGCUCUGAAGGCCCACAGGCUCCAGUUCUGGAAGAAGACGCUGCCCCAAAAGAUCCAGGAGCUCGAGGAGCCUGAAGAGAGACACACAGAGCUGUAGCACCCUGUGCCAGGGAGGAGGGGGUUGGCUCGCUGACAGGGGAGGGUCAGCCUGCUGUGCCCACACACACCCACUAAGGAGAAAGAAGUUGAUUCCUUCAUUCACUUAGCCAUUCAUUCAUACUUCCAUCCAUCCAUUCAGAAAUCAUUUAUUAAGAAUUUACUCAGGCAUGAUGGCUCAUACCUGUAAUCCCAGCUAUUGGGAAGGCCAAGAUGGGAGGAUGGCUUGAGGCCAGAGGUUUGAGACCAACCAGCCAGGGCAACACAGUGAGACCCCUUCUCAAAAAAAAAAAAAAAAAAGAGAGAGAGAAA